GACCGUUCCUUACUGCUAUCUAUGAUUAUCCGACGAUAGAACGACAUCCAUCGAUGCGUUAGGAAGAAUGUCUACUACACCCCUUAUUAGAUUAUGGCCUCUCUUUUUCUCCCCCUAGUCGGGCAGACAAAAGAUGGCCUUCUAUAAAGGACAUGGAAGCUUCCAAGUCCUGCUUGCACGUCGUUCAAACACUAUUAAGAAGCUCACCAAAAACUUAGCAGCACUGUACUAUAUAUCCGCGCCAAAGAACGGAUCCGAUACCCAAUUUUACUUCAUUUCUACCUACACUCAGCUGUUUCGAUAAGCCACCAUGGAUUACAACCACUUCGAUUUGCAUCAUCCUUUACCCGUCACAGACAAUGACAUCUCCAAUGUCUACAACCCUCUUUUGGGCUUUGCCGACGACGGAUAUCAUAAUAAUGAAGCAUUAUCCAACGUCCUUGGACAGUCACACGAAUCUACCAACCAAGAGCUCGAUAUCACUAGCUCUUACCCUAUCGCCAAUUUUUACACGUAUCCGGGGCCUCCACCGUUCGUAGUGGAAGACUUAUCUGGUUAUAACUGGUCUCAGCACUUCUCUCCCACUACCGGUCACUUCCAGGGCCUUCAGGACGAGGGAGUUAUGCAAUCUUUUGAGGGUGUGGAUGGAAACAUCAUCCCCGUCCUUAACACUGCCGCCCAUCACGAUAUACCGUCUCAGCCUUCGCUUCCGGCCCCUCUUCAUACCGUCAACUCUAUGUCCCUAGGGCCUUACACCAUCCAGGACCUAGAACCGUCUUCUAUUGACCCCGACAGCAUGCCUUCCUCAACCCGCGCAUCCCUUACCCCAUCUCCACCAGACAAUGAAGGUCGCAGCCCCAACACCCGUGGGACUGCUCGCUAUCACUGUACCGACUGUGGUACCUCUUCCCAGACAAAACGGGACCAUGAGCGUCAUCUCACAACCAAGAAGCAUCAGAAGAAGACCAGCGACGGCAGCGGGAGCGGGAGUGAUGCCGCCGUCCUGGGAUUCCACUGCCUGGCGCAGGGUUGCGAAUACUCUCGUGAAGGCGGGAAGACUUUCACUCGCAAGGACAACUUGUGGAGGCAUAUGAAUACUGCGCAUCCCAUCAGGUCGACAGCGUGAGGAUCGAAGAGUUCUGCAAUGCCUGGAUGCUAUAUGAACAUCGUGAGAAGUCGGAUGUUUUAUUUUUCUAAUCACUAUACAGCUGGCUGUGUUCCAUUUUCCUUCUAUAAUCUCUUUUUCUACCUACGUUAGGCUCUUACGUUGUCUUCGCUUAUCCCCUCUACUGUUUGUCUUUCUUUCCUAUCUGCAUCUGUUUCAGCUACCUGUAGCCAUGUUUCUUUUGUUCAGCGAUGAGACGAUGUUAUCUAUUAUGCACAUAUUGUUACGAUAAUUGGAAACUGUACUUGGACGCUUGGUUAAAACUUUCC